AUGUCAAGUAAUAACUUGACUGGAACUUUACCCGGGUUACUUGAAGGUCCCAUUACUCUUCCAAUUUUCAGGAGUGACUUACGUGAUUUGUCCAAUAAUAGAUUUUCUGGUCCUAUGCCAAGUAACUUUGAUGGUUCAGUUAGUUUUCUCUCUAUUUCGAACAACCAGAUAGAUGGAGAAAUCCCAGCUUCUAUAUGUAAGAGAUUUGCCCAAGUCAUUGAUCUUUCAAAUAACAGCUUAACAGGAAGUAUUCCAUCAUGCAAAGGGGAAAGUUCAAUGCUCCAGGUAUUAGACCUCAGUAAGAACAAUUUACCUGCGAAUAUUCCUGGAUCCUUAGGUCAGCUAAGUAUGCUUCAAACAUUGCACCAAGACGACAACGAGUUCUCAGGAGAGCUCCCAUCAUCUUUCCAAAACUUAUCAAGUUUGGAAACUCUGGAUCUUGGAAACAACAGAUUAAUGGGUAGAAUUCCACCAUGGAUUGGAGCAGGUUUCCAAAGUUUGAGGAUUCUCAUCUUGAGGUCGAAUGCAUUUUUUGGAGAACUUCCAUCGGCGCUAUCAAACUUAAGUUCGUUACAAGUCCUGGACUUGGCAGAAAAUCAGUUGAAUGGCAGCAUUCCUGCUUGCUUUGGAGAUUUCAAAGCUAUGUCGGAAGUCCAAACCAAUAACAUUUAUUUAUUCUAUGGGGCACUCAACUUACAAUCGGUAUCUAUGAUAAUCAGCAAGUAUUAUGAAGAAAAUGUUGUUUUGACUAUGAAAGGCCAGUCUCGAAUAUUCAACAAGAUCCUCAACCUUGUAGUUUGCUUAGAUCUCUCAGGAAAUAAUUUGACUGGAGAUCUUCCUGGAGAAAUAACAAAAUUAUUGGGAUUAGUUUUUUUGAACUUGUCCAGAAAUCAUAUUAGUGGACACAUUCCCAAGAGGAUUUCGGAGUUGAAGCAAUUGUCAUCACUUGAUCUCUCAAGUAAUAAGUUCACAGGUGCUAUUCCUCGAAGUAUGGCAUCACUCUCAUCUUUGGGCUACAUGAAUUUGUCAAACAAGAACUUCUCAGGUAGGAUCCCUUACAAGGAUCAUUUGACAACUUUUGAAGCAUCCUCUUUUGCUGGAAACCCAGGACUUUGCGGUGAUCCACUUACUUUAAAAUGUCCAGGCGAUGAUCCGGAUAAGUAUACUACAAGUGGUGAGUCUGGUGACAGCUUUGUUGAUAAGUGGUUUUACUUCGAGUAUUGGAUUGGGAUUUGCGGCUGGAAUUCUGAUAAUUGCAAUGAGAAAAUCUUGGAGUGUUUUCUACUUUGA